UGAAAAUCAAGAUCUUUUGACGUUGACAUCUGCGACAAAAAUACAGCUGUGGCUAGGUAGCAAACCCAUAGGCCCACAGCCCACUGAACUCACUAUUCCGUCUCCCAUUACCAGCUUACCCGCUUUUACCCCUUUAUUUACAGAACAGAUUAAAGCUUCUGUUCCGUGUGAGGUCGACUCCGUCCAACGCUCCGUCACUUCACAUCGAAUGGAAACGUCAAGUUAAAUAAACAUUGAUACAGGUGAUUAGGAAUAUUAUGUGACAAGAAUUUUACUAUAAACUCGUAGAAAGUGGCCAACAAUGAUAAACUAAAUAUAGAGUUCUGAGCAGAAAAAUGUUCAACCCCAAUGCCAAUUAUCGGGUAUUGGUUGUCCAACACAUUCCAGAAGAUGGGUCGAGAUGGUACAUCGACAAGAGAAUUGUCGUAUUGUUUACAAUUCUGAUGUGCCCUGUGAUAUUAUUUUGUGCAACUUAUAUGCUGGUAUUUGGUAUAUUCCCAGGAAUCAGCUACCCAAAAGCACUUGCAAAAGAUGUGCCAGAAGUGAACAUUCAUCGUGCCUUAGUCUACAGUAUGUCACCAAAUACAACAGCAAACAUAGUACCACACUCUAACUUACAUAGAGACUUGUCCCCACAUAGCUUCAAAAUUGUUUGCUACUAUAAUUUCCCAGGUAGCAAGAACUCCUUACAAGUGGAAAAUCUACAGGCAUCUUUAUGUACACAUAUCAGUGUUGCCUUUGCUAGUAUUUCAAACAACUCAAUUUAUUUAGAAAAGUCACAGAUUGACACGGUGCAAAAAUUGGUCAAUUUGAAGAGUUUGAAUAAAAACCUCAAAAUAUUGGUGUCUGUUGGAGGUGCUGGAAAUGAUGGAGAGUUUCCAAAGAUGGUUUUAAAUCAUGCAAACAGGAAAAGUUUUAUCAGAUCAGUGAUUGAGUAUGUUAAGGAGUAUAACAUAGAUGGAGUUGACUUAGACUGGGAAUUUCCAAAUGAAGACCAAGAACAUGAUAAAAUGCAAAAAGUACACUUUACACAGCUGCUAUCAGAGUUCAGGAAAAGUAUAGAGCACCAACCUAACCACCCUUUUCUGCUAACAGUUGCUGUAGCAGCACCUGACUUCAUUGUACAAAACUCAUAUGAUGUAUCAUACAUGAAUGAAUAUGUGGACUUUGUAAACCUGAUGUCAUAUGACUACCAUUAUUUCACCAAAGAAACACCUUUUACUGGUUAUAACAGUCCAUUGUAUGCAUCAGAAAAUGAGAGAUACUAUCUAGCCACGUUAAAUAUCAACUACUCUGCAAAUUAUUGGAAUAUGAUGGGUAUGGACAGGAAGAAAAUAGUGAUUGGAUUGCCUACAUAUGGUCACAGCUUUAGAUUAAUGAAUCCAAAAAACAAUGGGUUGUACGCUCCAGCAUCCGGCUAUGGCAAACUGGGCGCACUGGGCUUUGUAGAUUAUCCCGUCGUAUGCCAAUUCUUGAACACUAACCGAGUGACUCCGGUGUUCGACAUGGAUACGAAGAGUUCCUACGCAUCGAAGUAUUACGAAUGGAUCUCGUUUGACAAUCAACAAAGUCUCACUUACAAGGCGGAGUACAUCAGAGACAACGGAUUCGGAGGCGCUAUGGUGUACUCUCUAAACAGUGAUGACUGGAAGGGGGCGUGUAAGCAAGGAGAGUUUCCAUUGGUCGAGAGUGUUCGAAAGGUUUUGGAGGCGGGUAAAGUGGAUGUGGAAGAAAAGUUGGUUGGGAGGUAGUUGAUGGAUAAAAUGUUUCCAACGAUCUUGCAUUUAUUAAUCUAUGAUCAUUAGUUGUCGGCCGUCGAAUCUGAAAGUUUGAACCUGUGUUCAAGUGAUAUCAAGAUUCAAAACUACGAAACUGUGUUGAUUAGCCAUACCAUUUAAAAAUGACGAACUUUCGUUCAAAGCUGGAGAUAUCGACUGCUCACAGAAUUUUUGUCACAUAAGUAUAGGUAAAAAGACGAAUGUAAAAAUCAGCUUGAGUCACUAUGUAUGACGUCAUUCUACGUGUUUAUCUAUAUUAUUUCUGUUCUUAAUUAAAGCGACUAAAUGGAAGGCUCCUUAAACAAUGGGAAAUCGAAUAAGAAUAGAGUGUAGAAUCGCUCAACCAUGCCUUCUAAAUCUUGCAUAAAAACUCUACAACGGACCAACUGAACCGUAUUCUGACGGUUGUAUACAUCUAAAGAAAUAGGGAAAUAUUAAAUCCUAUCAUUGUGCAGUGCCGUUACCCUUGCUGCGCUAAACUUAUAUAAGAGUUCCAUUUCCUGUAUAAGGCCCAUGAGCGUCCGCGGGGAGGGACCAGGGGAUCGCCUCCCCUGAGAAAAAUUCCUGCGGGCGCCCAUGGCCAUGAUCAGCAUGUUUCUUUCUUUUUCAAUUGAAAAUGGAAAUUCUACACAUGCAUAUUAUUCUACCUAUAGUGUCACGACCUGGGUUGUACAUUAUUGGGCUAGGACUGCUAAAAUACUAUAUUGAUUCAUUUUUGUUACCAUAAUAUAUAAUUCUUUCUCAGUAUAAUGUGAUUCAUUCUAUUUUAGAAUUGACUGGUUUAAAGUAUGAAUAAAAUAAGUAGAAGAAGCCAUAAUUUGUGUGUAUAAUCUAUAUUUAUGCAUAAAUACAUGGAAACAUAGAUCAGCUUUGGCAAACCAUUAGUAGGUGGCUAUGGUCAGGUUUCUCAAUUACUUGCGCACAAUAUUGUGAGUUUUUCAAUAGACUGUUGUAUGCAUUCCUGUUCCGUUUAUGUGUGUCCAAGAUUAGACCUAGACUGAUGAGUUACUAAAGAGCAUGAAACAGCACUGUCUAUGGUUCGUCAUGAUUAUGUAGACGGAUAGCAAGCAUACUCAGUUCAACCAAUAUUUUUUUUAUUUGCAGUCCAAAAUGUUGGUAGUGUUGUUACUAUCAGUCUCGGACCCAUGAAUUUGUAUUUUCACAGAAGUAACGACGUGUGCAAUCUUCAGGAAUUGCUCUUCAAACUAGAUAUAAUCGGAAAAUGUUUUGUAAAUCUUUUUGACUGUAUUUUCCUCUAUACUGUUCAUUAGGUUGUAAAAGUAUCUUUUUAUCAGUUCAAUCUGUAUAGAUAUUGGCUGUGGUGUAUAUAACAAUAUUUUAUUUUAUAAAUAAAUUGAUAUUGAACCUA